CCGAUUCCGGCCGGCGGGGCUGGAGGGGCGAUGGCGGCAGCGGCGGCGGCGGGAUCGGGCGGCUCCGCGGCGGGCCUGCUGUUGGCGGCGGCGCGGGCCUGGGUGCCGCGGCCCUCCCCGCUGCCGCUCCUGGGCCGCGUCGGGCGGCGCCUCCUCCGGCUGCAGCUCAGCGCCGCGCCGGGCCCGGACCGCUUCCGCCUCGGCCUGAGGGGCGGCCCGGACUCGGGGCCCGAACCGAGCCUGGUGGAGUACAGCCUCAAGGAGAUUGCCUAUGAAGUGAAGACGCCCACCUGUCACGAGCUGAAAGUCUUGGCCCGCCCAGAUGACCCCAUCGUCUUCCAUUUCGAGGAUGAGCACGAGGCACAGAAGUGGUGGGCGGUCGUCAGCAGCUGCCUUCGGGAGGUCCAGAAAGCUACUGAGGUCCCCCAGUUGGUGACAGGCCGGUCUCCUGUCCAUCUUUCAGCUGCUACGAACUCUCUGCCUGUUUUGGAGCCUGAGGCCUGUCUGCCCUCGGAGCUGGCUAGGAAAGAAGACCUGGCAUUCCAGCUUUCCAUGGCUAUUGAGCUUGGGGAUCAGGAAGAGGCCGUACGAUGUGCCACUGCACUGGCUCGGCAGCAGACUGCUCUGCGUAUUCUGCCCAAAGAGUCCUGCUACCCUGCGAGUGAGAUCAGCAUGAAGGUGGGCGUGGAAGAUGCCACGUGCUCAGCCAACAUCACCCUCCGGGUCCACACGUAUACCACAAUUGCAGCUCUCAGACAGAAGGUCUUUCAGGAUUAUGGGUUCCACCCCAGCGUUCAGCGCUGGAUUAUUGGCCAGUGCCUCUGCGUGGAUGACCGAACUGUGGGCUCCUAUGGGAUCCGCAAGGAUGGAGACACAGCCUUCCUCUACCUGCUCUCAGCAAAAGCAGCCAAUCUCUCAGAGCAGCGCUACAAAGAGGACACGGACUGGGUGGUGCUGCAGCCAGCCCCUUCGCCACUGUCGGACGGCUCCAGUGCUGGGCGACCUUUGUCCAGCACUCUGCCAAAAGCAGCUGGCGUGUCACAUGGUAGCAAGAAGACGGGCAUUGAGGAGGGACUAAGCGCUCUGCAGCUCACCAGCCCUCCCAGCCAUUCUCGGGCACCUCCGGCCGCAGAUGUUGGCCCCUCUUCCCCCAUCCAGGCUGGCUGGCCUUGUCCAACUUGCACAUUCAUCAACAAGCCCACCCGCCCUGGCUGUGAAAUGUGCAGCACUGACCGGCCGGCCAGCUACGUUGUUCCCGGUAGCUACAGACCAGAUGAAGUGGAGCUGUGGCGGAUGCAGCAGGAGAGGGAGGGGAUCUUGCAGUACCAGCAGGUCCUGGAGCAGGAGCGGCAGCAGAACUUCCUGCAGCUGCGCCAGCUGGACGAAGAGGCCCUGGUCCCCACCCAGGAGGCGACGGAGUGCCGCAUCUGCUACCUUGACGUGGAGCCGGGUGAGGGGGUGCUGCUGCGCGAAUGCCUGCACAGCUUCUGCAGGGCCUGCCUGCGGCAGCUGAUCAACUGCAGCAAGGAGCCCCAAGUGGCCUGCCCCUUCAGGGACGAUGCCUACGCCUGCAGCAGCCAGCUCCAGGACCGAGAGAUCCGGGCGCUGGUGUCGCAGGAGGAGUACGAGCGCUUCCUGGAGCGAAGGCUGGCCGUGGCGGAGAGCCGCGCCCAGAACAGCUACCACUGCCAGACGGCCGACUGCCUGGGCUGGUGCAUCUACGAGGACGACGUCAAUGACUUCCGCUGCCCCAUCUGCUGGGCACUCAACUGCCUGGUCUGCAAGGCCAUUCACGAGGGUAUGAACUGUAAGCAGUACCAGGACAAGCUGCAGCUCCAGGCCCAGAACGAUGCUGCGGCCUGGGAGACCACCAACAUGCUCAAGAUGCUGGUGCAGCUGGGAGAGGCCAUGCAUUGUCCCGUGUGUCGCAUUACAGUGCAGAAGAAGGGAGGCUGCGACUGGCUCCGGUGCCCCGUCUGCCAGACAGAGAUCUGCUGGGUGACCAAAGGGCCACGCUGGGGACCAGGGGGUCCUGGUGACACCAGUGGAGGCUGCCGGUGCAACGCAGAUGGGCAGAGGUGCCACCCCAACUGCCAGAACUGCCACUGAACACCCGCUGCAGGGAGGAGACUCUGCCCUGAGCCAGACGGAGCACAACAGAGGCAGCCCCCCCCCCCGCCCGAGUCUCCGUGCGUGGCUGCGCCAAGGAGCUGAAGUGGGCCUUUGCUGGGGGCACAGGCCCCUCCCUCCCACUCUGGACUUUUAACCCUGUAGUGACAAAUGCCCCAUCUGUAGAGGGCUGGGGGGGGGAGGCUGAUCUCCUUCCUUCCCGCCACUUACUGACACUCCCUGUAUCUACCUCCAAAGGGUGGCACCCCCUACAUGAGGGAAGGCAUUGCAUCCUAUAAACAGGAAUAAGGGGCGAGUUCUCUAGGCACUCCCUCCCCUUUCUGCACUACCCUGGUCUUACGCCAAGGUCUUAGCGAAGAGACUGACAUCUCCCACCCUGGACCUGUUCAGCUGGGCACCAAGGCAGCAGCGCUCUCGGGAAAGGGUUCAAGAUGUACGUGGCUGCACAGAAAGGCAGAAGGCCUAUUCAAUAAAGGCAUAAACACUGAA